UGUCGCACUGAAUUCAGUGUCCACUUAUUUGCCCAUCUACGUUGUCGAUUACUGUGCGAAAUGAUGAUACUCGUUAAUCUUGUAUUGAUUGUUACGGCAGUAAUACUUUUCUUUAUAUAUGCCAGAGGCAAGCUCAAUUACUGGAAGAAACGCGGCGUCGAGUCCCUCGAGGGCGAUCUGAUCUUCGGCAACUUCAAGGACGCCAUACUCUUCCGCUCUGCGCCGGGAUGGCAUAUCGGUCAGUUGUACAAAGCCGCUUGGGCGGACGCGGCUUACGUCGGCUUUUACAUCUUCCACAAGCCGUGUCUGCUGUUGCGCGACCCGGACGUCAUCAGGCAGUUCAUGAUUCACGACUUCAAGAACUUCUCCGAUCGCCACUUCGCUAGCUCCAAUCAGAAGGACAGCAUCGGUAUGAGAAAUCUGUUCGGCGUGAAGAACCCGGUAUGGAAGUACCUGCGCCUCGGCACGAAAAUGGACACCUUUCACCAUCCGAACACGGAGUUCUUGUCCGGAGUUUACAAAUUCUUUCACUCGUUCAAGAGGAUGGUCGCUCUGGUGACGGUGUUCUUCAUGCCCGAGCUGGUGGAGCUGAUCGGGGCGAAGAUACUGUUCGACUCCUCCUUCGUGCGUAAGGUUUUCUGGAGCGCGAUGGAGAAUCGCGAGAAAACCGGCGAGAAACGAGGCGAUUUCAUCGACUCGUUGCUCCAACUCAAGUACGGCGAACAGAAUCCUGUUUACAGUGAGUAA